AUGGAAGCAGCAGAGGAAACUCUCACGUAUCGAGAUGACACUGGACUGCACAAGAAGCUGCUGCCGGAAGGGACAGACUGUGGGAAGGAGAUCAAAGACAAGGUGGAUCCGAGGAGCGAAGAAUCCAACUACAUGGACACAAAAACGGACAGCGCCAAAACAGUCAAAGUGUCUUUCACUGGAGAAGGAAACCAGCUGUCUGUCAGUAAAUGUGACGGCUCUAAACAGGGAGUGAAUGAGACGCUGAUUAUAGAAGAAUCAGGGAACUCAAGUUCAAAUCUACUUGAUAAAAACUUAAAAAAUGCGGACUUCGAUAAAUUAGGACAGGAUGAUGGUCACACGACGAGUGACUGCAGUGAAGUCGCACAAAGCCCCAGUGAGGAGGACAUGUACCUAAACAGUAAGACAGAGGACGAUGAUGAGGAGGCCUGUGCGCUGCUGUCGGGCCACUAUCACACCGUGGGGGACGAGUCCCACUACAUCACCACGCAUGAGAUCCAACUCACUGAACUGGACCAUGAUGUGGACUACGACAUGGGCAGAGGGACUCGCUGGGAGUUUGAAGACGACAACUUGGUUUACUCGUUUGUGGAUUACGCCACAUUGGAGAACACGAACGAUGGAACUGUGAUUGUGAAGGGGAAAGUACAGGAUCAUCUCGGAGGACGGCUUGUCAGCACGGAGCAUGACGAGAGUGAUAUCUUCGAGUCUGAUAAGUUUGCCAGCUCAGAUGAAAGCUUUUGUAAACACCAAAGAGACGCUGGAAAGACUCACUUAUCGUUACAGACGGCCCCGAGGGCCUUGAACGAACCGCUGCCUUUGCUCGACAGCGCUGACAGGAGCCGCUUGUCACAUGUGAGCUCUGGCGCCAGAACGGGGCUUUUGACCAACAGACCCCAGUAUUUCAUACCGGCACCGGGCCGUCAGCACCUUGCGACCAAACUAAGACGGAAAGAUAUAAAUGAAUACUCCAGUGGGGCUUCCAGCUCCAUCAGUGAGCUGGACGAUGCUGAUAAGGAGCAUGUGCUCUGCUUCUCUCCCUCUGUCCCAACUGUGUCCCCCACACCUUCAGGAGGAGACACUCAGAGGAAGAUGCUACUGGACCCUACUACUGGACACUAUUACUUAGUGGACACACCUGUACAAGCCACAAAGAGACUUUAUGAUCCAGACACGGGACAGUUCGUGGAUCUACCCGUGUCCCAUUCUCCAGUGUCCCCCGUCACAUCGGUCACCCCUGUGCCUCUCUCUGUUUCCCCACUGGCAUGUGCUCCCACUUACAUGAUUUACCCAGGAUUCAUUCCUUCACCCACACUCACUGUGCAGCCAUUACUGCCACAGUCUCACUGUCAGUCUGAGGAGGUAGCCCGAGAGAAGUUAAAAGUGAACAGACUCAAAGGCAUGUCUUCUCCUGUCAUGGCAGAGAAAGUGUACUACAGCGCCUCAGCAGAGACAUCGAUGAGUGAGCAGCUCCCAGAAUCUGUUGGAAAUGUGACCGCCCGAGGAUCUGUUUCUGACAGAAAACCUGUUGUCAGUAUCGCAACGCCACUAGAUGACCAAAACUUUCCUGCCCUAGACCUCAGACAUCAUUUUUGA